UGGACCCACCAAGACAGAAACCCGGGAAACACAGGUGCACAGAAACAACACACCACCCCCAAUGCACCUAUCAUUUCACACUCAGGUACGGUCACACAAGAAAAGAGAGAUACACUCUCUCUCUCUCUACAUAUACAUGCAUACACACUGUAUAGCUUUAAGUCUCUGAAUCGAUUCAGGCCCAAAUAUGAUCCUGGGGUUUCUGAUUUCAAACCCUAGUAAUUGAUAGAUGACAAAUCACCUUCCAAAAGUUUGUUCCCAACUAGGCGUUUUUGCCAUCAAAAGUUGCUUCGAAUCUCUCCGAAUCAAACUUGACCAAUCAGCUCUUCCCAACUCCAGGUGUUGUUUUGUUGCAGUGAGCUCUUUUUGGGUUUAUCCUCUAAUGUAGAGGUUGCUUUCAUGAAUCUCCAUGUUGAGUGGAGCUAUGGGUUGUGUAAAGGCUUCUAUUCGUCUUGAUGGUUCCCUUUGCCAUAGGUUCAUAUUAUUCGCCAUCUGGUUAUCCAGUUUUCCAGAUAUAAUGGCGCUGGAAAUAAAGCCUACAGUGAAUCACAUUUCUUCUACAUCUGAGUUAGCCAUCCCACCUAAAAGUGGACUCUUUGAACCGAUAGAAAUAUCACCUGCUGUUAUUCCACAUUAUCCUUUUCCUGGGGAAUCUUUGCCACCUAUGUACCCUGCGUUCCCACCCACAUAUGAUCCAGUCUUGACAGGAAAAUGUCCCAUAAAUUUCUCUGCUCUUUCGGAUAUCAUGGACAAAACAGCAUCUGAUUGUUCUCAACCUCUGGCGGCUUUCAUAGGAAAUGUUAUAUGUUGCCCUCAGCUCAGUAGUUUACUCCAUAUAUUCCAGGGAUACUAUAGCACCAGUUCUGAUAAAUUGGUUUUACAAAAUGUGACUGCUAAUUAUUGUUUUUCAGAUAUCAUUAGUAUACUAGAGAGCAGAAGGGCAAACAGUUCGAUACCUACCAUUUGCUCUGUAAAAUCAUCAAAUCUUACUGGUGGAUCUUGUCCUGUGAAGGAUGUAACGACUUUUGAGAAGACGGUUAAUGCCAGCAAAUUAUUGGAGGCUUGCAGCAGUGUUGAUCCUCUUAAAGAGUGCUGUAGACCAUUUUGUCAGCCUGCAAUUAUGGAGGCUGCACUUAAGAUUUCGGCAGGACAAUCACUGAUAAGUGAUGAAAAUAUAGUUGGAGGGCCUAAUCGUAUAGAUGCUCUUAGUGAUUGUAAAGGGGUGGUGUAUUCGUGGCUUUCUAGAAAACUUCCUCUAGAUGCUGCCAAUACUGCAUUUCGAAUAUUAUCUUCCUGCAAAGUCAACAAGGUUUGUCCUUUGGAUUUUAAGCAACCAUUGGAAGUAAUUAAAUCAUGCCGUAAUGGAGCUUCUCCAAGUUCUUCAUGUUGUAGCUCCUUAAAUACUUACAUUGCGGGGAUACAAAGACAAAUGUUAAUUACGAAUAGACAGGCCAUAAUGUGUGCAACAGUGUUUGGGUCCAUGCUCCGAAAGGGCGGGGUCAUGACAAAUGUUUAUGAGCUUUGUGAUGUUAGUUUGAAGGAUUUUAGUCUCCAAGCAUAUGGACAAGAAGGAUGUUUGCUUCGCAGCUUACCUACAGAUCUGGUGUUUGACAAUCCAGCAGGUGUCAGUUUCACAUGCGACUUGAGUGAUGAUAUUCAAGCUCCAUGGCCUUUGUCAUCGUCUGUUACAUCCUUCUCUCUUUGUGCUGCUGAGAUGUCGUUGCCUGCACUACCGACAUCGGAGACUUUGGGAAGUUUUGGCUAUCAAAGUGGUGGAUUCAAAUUCCUUGUACCCAUCUUUUCUUUUUUUGUUCAGUACAUUAUUGUGCUGAUUAAUUUUAACUGAGGGCCAAUCCAGUUUGAAUCGUCUUUUUGAAAUGCACUUUUGGGUGGUUCUGAUUCCUUGUAUAGUUUUAGUUUCCUUUCAUGUAUAGCUGUUGUCCUUUUUGGUUAUUAGCUCUCAAGUUAUGUAGUUCUGGAACCUGAUAUGGAGGAUUGACGUGAUGUUUCUAACUAGGGGGGUCUGGUAUGGAUUCCCGGACCCCAGCUUUUAAA